GCCGAACGGUGACUGCGCUGUGUGGGCCAAGCGGCCGCCGUUGCUGCUGCUGCUGCCGCCGCCAUCCCUUCCUCUUCCUCCUCCUCCUCCUCUUCCCUCCUCCUCCUCGUUUCUUCUUCUCCUUCUCCUCCUCCUCCUUCCCUCCUUCUCCCCCUCCCUUCCUUCUCCCCGCCUCAGCCGGCCAAGCCACCACCAUGGCGGAGCCGCCUGCUCCCGCUGCCCCGCCGGCAGCCCCGGCCACGGCCGCCCUCCCCGCCGCCGGCUCCCAGAGGCUGCUCUUCACCCACGACCUGGUGUCCGGCCGCUACCGGGGUUCGGUGCGCUUCGGCCUCAUCCGCGUCAUGCACGGCGAGGACUCCGACUCCGAGGACGACGACGGGGGGCGAGGCCCCGGAGCAGGAGGAGGCGGCGGAGGGAGCAGUGGCGGCGGCGGCCCCGGGGGAGGCGGAGCGGGCAGCUCGGGGGGCUCCGAGUCCGGGGGCCCCUGCGGCGGGGAGGAGAGCCGAGGAAGCCCCCUCCGCCGCGGCUACGUGCGCGUCCAGUGGUACCCGGAGGGCAUUAAGCAGCACGUCAAGGAGACCAAGCUGAAGCUUGAAGACCGGUCAGUGGUACCUCGGGAUGUUGUCAGGCACAUGGGCUCACGGGACAGCCAGUGUGGAACAGUAAUUGAUGUUAAUAUAGAGUGUGCCGUAAAACUGGUGGGGACCAACUGUAUUCUUUAUCCGGUCAACAGCAAAGAUCUUCAGAAUAUCUGGCCUUUCAUGUACGGUGACUGCAUUGCCUAUGACUGGUGGCUUGGAAAAGUGUAUGAUUUAAAGAACCAAAUCAUCCUGAAGCUCUCUAAUGGUGCCAGGUGUUCUAUGAGCACAGAGGAUGCAGCAAAGCUCUAUGAUGUCUGUCCACAUGUCAGCGACUCAGGCCUCUUCUUCGAUGAUUCAUAUGGCUUUUACCCCGGGCAAGUUCUCAUUGGCCCAUCAAAAGUCUUCUCGAAUGUGCAGUGGCUUUCAGGAGUGAAACCUGUUCUUAGCACGAAGAGCAAGUUCAGAGUGGUGGUGGAAGAGGUGCAGGUGGUGGAGUUGAAAGUGACUUGGAUCACUAAAAGUUUCUGUCCUGGAGGUACAGAUAGUAUAAGUCCCCCACCGUCUUUAAUCACCCAAGAGAACUUGUCUAGGGUAAAGCGCCUGGGGUGCUUUGACCAUGCUGAGCGGCAACUUGGAGAAAGGUGUCUCUAUGUGUUUCCUGAGAAAGUGGAGCCGGCAAAAAUCACAUGUGAGUGCCCAGAGAGAAACUGUGUUCUGGGAGAAGGAUCUGUUGCCAAAAAGAUGGCCUGUCCUUGUUUCGUAUCCAACGUAAAGCCUGAAAAGGUGAGGAGAUUGUUGAAGAAGCAGAUAGUGAAGAUCAUGUCGAUAUCCCCAGACUCACAGGGUGCCCUUGACCUCCCUGAAGCAGAAUCUGCUGCAGCAGGUGACCAACCAUCUGAAGAACCUAAAGCCAGCUUAAAAUGUGAACUAGAGGACUCUGCCCAUGAUGCUGUAAGCUUACAAGAAGUAAAGGAAGAGCACCUUGAUGGAACGGGAAAAGGCGUCCCUUGCGAAGCAGCUGGGCUGCAGUUGCAACCCCCAUUUGUUCUGAAACGGAAUGAUGGCUCCUCCGACUACAAGCUCCAGUCAAUAGAACAGGAUGCUGACGACGAAGCAGCAGAUGACACAGAUGACACCAGCUCUGUGACCUCUUCUGCCAGCUCCACAGCCUCUUCCCAAAGCGGCAGUGGCACAGGGCGCAAGAAGAGUAUCCCACUCUCCAUCAAAAACCUCAAGAGGAAGCAUAAGAAGAAGAAAACCAAGGUUUCCCGUGAGUUUAAGCCAGGCGACAGGGUUGCUGUGGAAGUGGUGACCACGAUGACUUCAGCUGAUGUGAUGUGGCAGGAUGGCACAGUGGAGAAAACCAUUCGUUCCAAUGAGCUGUUUCCUGUCCAUCACUUGGACAACAACGAGUUUUGCCCUGGGGAUUUUGUGGUGGACAAGAGAGCACAGGGUUCUCAGGAUCCUGGGAUGUAUGGAGUGGUGCAGUCAGGUGACCAUGUUGGCCGCACCUGUGUGGUGAAAUGGUUCAAGUUGAGGCCUAGUGGAGAUGAUGUUGAGCUGAUUGGGGAGGAGGAGGAUGUCAGUGUGUAUGACAUCGCUGAUCACCCAGACUUCCGCUUCCGCACGACUGAUUUUGUGAUCCGUAUUGGCAAUGCGGAGGAUGGUGCUUCAGUUGGUGAAAAUGAGCCCUCUGUGGGUCAGGUGGCCCGUGUGGAUUUCAGCAGCAAAGUGGAAGUUGUGUGGGCUGAUAACUCCAGGACAAUCGUUCUGCCACAGCAUUUGUAUAACAUAGAAUCUGAGAUGGAUGAAGAAACAGACCUUGAUUCCAUAGAUGGCAGCACGAGUGGCGCCUCCUCAGAUGAGUGGGAAGAUGAGAGUGACAGCUGGGAGACGGACAACGGCCUCAUGGAAGAUGACCACUCCAAAGCAGAGGAAGCUGAGCCUGAGGAGCCACCUGUGGAAGAGGUGAAAAAGGUGGAGGAGCAAGUUCAAGGUGCUGUGGCAAUGGCAGUGGCCGACUUGGCAGCUGAUAAAUCAGGCAAGGAAGGGACCCCCAAGAGCUUCCGAGAGUUGAAGGAGGCCAUCAAGAUCUUGGAGAGCCUGAAGAACAUGACCGUUGAGCAGCUGUUGACAGGCUACCCGACUUCUCCGACGGUCGAACCCGAGAAGCCCACCCGCGAGAAGAAGUUCCUGGACGAUAUCAAGAAGCUGCAGGAGAAUCUGAAGAAGACCCUGGACAACGUAGCGAUUGUGGAAGAAGAAAAGAUGGAGGCCAUGGCAGAGGCAGAAAAGAAGGAAGAGAGAGAGGCGCAGACGCAGACCCCAGUGACGUCAGAGUGGCCUAGCGAGACUCCUGUGCUUUGCCAGCAGAAUGGAGGCAAGCCUGGCGUUACAUUCACCAGUGCCAAGGGGGAAGUCUUCUCUGUACUGGAGUGUGCCCCAGAUAGCCAUGCCUUUAAGAAAAUGGAAUUCCAGCCUCCAGAAGCCAAGAAGUUUUUCAGCACAGUGAGGAAAGAAAUGGCCCUGCUAGCAACCUCGUUGCCAGAUGGUAUCAUGGUCAAAACCUUUGAAGACAGAAUGGAUCUCUUUUCGGCACUCGUCAAAGGACCUACACGCACACCAUAUGAGGAUGGCCUCUUUUUAUUUGACAUCCAGCUUCCCAACAUCUACCCGGCUGUCCCCCCUCUUUUCCGUUACCUCUCCCAGUGCAGUGGGAGGCUGAACCCCAACUUGUAUGACAAUGGAAAAGUCUGCGUAAGCCUUUUGGGGACCUGGAUAGGCAAGGGCACAGAGAGGUGGACCAGUAAAUCCAGCCUUCUCCAAGUACUCAUCUCAAUCCAAGGGCUUAUCCUAGUCAACGAGCCUUAUUACAAUGAGGCUGGCUUUGACAGUGACCGCGGUUUGCAAGAGGGCUACGAAAACAGCCGCUGCUACAACGAGAUGGCUCUGAUCCGGGUCGUUCAGUCGAUGAUGCAGCUGCUGCGCAAGCCGGUGGAAGUCUUUGAGCAGGAGAUCUUCGAGCACUUCUGCUGCAACGGUUGGCGCCUGGUCCACCGCAUCGAGUCCUGGGUGGAGACCAACGAGCUGGUGGAAAGGAGUCAUGACCACAUCAGCCUGGGAGAGCCUUCCUUUGUGCAUUCAGCCUGCGGUGUUUUGGCAGAGAGCCCUCUAGAUGGCAUGGGGCCUCUGGGAGAGCUAGAGUUAGGGGCUGCUGCCGCCGCCGCCGCAGUUAGCCAGUUGCCUGACGGCAAGGAGGAGCUGGAAGACUCUGGUUGCGCGAUGUCAACGCUUGCUGCCAGCGACGCCCAUCAAUAUUCGGACUCGGAGAGCAUGGGCCAGGCCAGGGCAACGCACUUUGCCAGAGACCCAACGGAGGAGGGUAAAGCUGCCCAAGACUCUGCUGCUCAGCCUAGUGUGAAACCAAAGAAAAGGAGAAAGAGCUACAGGAGCUUUCUUCCGGAGAGGAGCGGCUACCCCGACAUCGGCUUCCCCCUCUUCCCACUGUCCAAGGGGUUUAUAAAGAGCAUCCGCGGAGUCUUGCAGCAGUACCGGGCUGCCUUAGUAGAGGCCAACAUCCCAGAGUGGACAGAAGACAAAUGAAACAUCAGGUUAGGGGCAGACAGACGCACAGAAAAGGAGGGGAAGCCAGGAGGAAGCAGCUAGCAACCGUUGUUAACAAUAAAUAGACUCUCAGUGCGCUCAUUCCUCCUCGGCUUGGUUUGUUAUAGAGAAAGCAGAAGCUUCCAUAACUCAUUUUAGGCUCUCUCUCUUUCCCCCCUCCCACAUUCCAGGUGCCCAGGAUGGCUGAGCAACUCUGCACAGCGACAUACACAUGCACACACCCACACCAUGCUCCUGUUUCCAGGUUGUUCCUGAGAGAAUAGGAGCUGUGACCUUUCCAUGCCGGAUCUUGUGCGAAGCUGGCGUUGGAUCUUCUCAACUCCUAUUGGUGCAAAGGCACUCCCUCUUCCCUGGGUGAUCCUCUUGGGUGCUAUGGGUGAUCUUGAUGGUCGAGAAGGCUUUUGAUUUAAGCCUGGGGAGAGCCUUGUUUUUAUAUCUUGUGAGGAAGAUGCAGUGCUGUGGUUUUAUAUCUUGUGAGGAAGAUGCAGUGCUCCUCUCUACCUUCAGACAUAAUGUCACUAAAGCCGGUCAGUUAGAAAGCCCUGAAUAGCCCACAUUUUCAGCUCUGUGCCAGUCCUGAGCGCUUUCGUGAUUUGGUUCGCUGCUGUGAGCUGAGGAGAUAAAUACCCCGGAAAUUGGUGUAGGCUUGGACUUUUGCUGCAAGAGAGCCACAAAGUGGUGAAUAUAAGGCGUUUGUUUUUGCUUGACUGUAUGGCCACUUUGAGACAGAAGUGCUAGGUGAGCUGUCCUUGAUGUGGUCCACACUCAGCACCUCCUCUCUGGCUUUCUGAGGAUUACCUGCUGUCUUAUUUAAAAUGUACAAUUUCUUCCGAACAGCAUAUCUCUUUCCACUUUGCCUUGAGAGGGGAAUAGUGCAUAUAGCGUAGCCUGCUACUCUCCUGGAUACAUGAACACUCUGCUACCAACUCAACUCUGUACACCGAGGUACCUCAGGAUGGCGCUGGAACAAUUGCAUGGUGCAGCCCACAUUUUCCGAUUUCGCCUUUCACUUAGGUGUUUGCAAAGUGGCAGCUCUGCCCGACAUUGUAUCUCCAUGGACUUACACCAACCUUAUAGCAACAAACCUCCACGCUAAUAUAGACAAUGGGUUUCCCUAGUCCAGCAUCCUUAAGUUACAAUUGCAGCCUUUAUUGUGAGUCACUGUUAUUUCCUAUCCCCUGAUCCUAGGCUGUGUGCAACCACCACCGCCACCUCCCUGCCGGCUGUGGUACAGAUCAUGACUGGCGAUACAUUCAUAUUUUUGCAUCCUAGAUGAGGUUACAUUCUGUUCCUUGUUCAGCAUACCCACAUCUUUGCACGGCGUCACAGUCACCCUUGUAUUUCCCUUCCUCUGAUCAUGACCUGGGUGCCCUUCUUUCACCCUCCCACUUGAAUAAUCUAGUUCUGAACAGGGUGACACGAAUCUUGUGUUUACUCGGAUAUUAGUUAGUUGUUCUAGUGUUGCAGAUUAAGAUUUGAGAGGUAGCGGUUCUCCAGUUGGGAGGCUGCAGGAUGCGAUCUUUUGUGGCCAUGCUGGUAAAAGAGCAGCAAAAGAAAUUAAGUUGACAUUAGUACCCUUUGAGGACAGGGACAAGAAAGGAUUUCUCCUUUUUUUUCUUUUUUGCUUGCAUUGCCAGACACUCUGUUAAUUGUGUGAAAGGGCAGACAGUGGGGGGGGGGAUCUGUCUGUGUUUCUAUGUGUCAUCACAUUCCUCAUGCAGAUGUGGUCGCGGCGCCUCUUCUCCCCAAGAGACAGAGGAAUGGGCCACGUAUUUUAUUAUGAUGACACACUAACGAAAACAAGCAAGCUUUCCCAAUCCCCCAAUCACCUAGCUGCCCACCCUGUUUUGAGAAGUGGCUACUCUUCCAUUUUGAGUAGGGGAGCAAGGUGGGAGGAGCCACAGAAGAGGAGGCAAAUGGUGCUAUGGACUGCAGAGAGCUGAGCUUCAAGGGGACUCCCUUUUUCCAGAGUGCAACUGAGAGCUGUAUCUUGGGAAGAUCUUGCUUACUCUUUCCUCCUCGGGAUCUGCUGCCAUCUUUUGCAUUCAUCAAGCACUGUCCCUUAUCCUUGCUGUCGGGCCCCACCAGAGGCAUGCACAGAAGUUUACACUUUCUUUUUCUAUAAGCUUUUGAAUAAUGUGAAGCUCUCGGUUAUGCAGUUGCUGGUGAGCACACACCGUGCAGCUAUAACCUCUUUUUGGUGUAUGUACGUAAUAAAAGAGUGAAGAGAAAUUUCCAAGAGGCAAAUGCUUAAAACACCCCAAGAAGCCAAAGCAUGAGGCACAUUGUUAGUCUUGAGAUGGGCUACAUGAUUGUGAUGUAUAAAUUUAAAAUCUUAUCUGUUUAAGUGCUGGGGAGGGAGGGGAAAGAAAUAUUACAAAAAAAAGAAAAAAGAAUUUCUAGCCUUUCUGUACAGUAUUUAAAACUGAUGGAGCUGUCAUAUUGGGGCAAUGCUUAGAGGUGUGUUACUUUUGCAGCUGUGAAUGCUUGGUUGCUUACAAUAUAUGUAUAAAGUAUUGUGUGAUUAAUCUUUUUUUACUUGCAAACUUUGUUUGGCUAACUAAGAUGUAGUAAUAAAGGAGAGAAAGUGGCUUGCCAUUACGUUCUGCCGCUGUGAAUAGG